AUGGCAGACAUCCAUCUCACGCAAGCGGAAGCCAGACUCGCUGGUGUUAUCAUCGAGGAGAUGAGCGAGCCAGCAUUGACGACGCAUAAGAUCAAUUGGGAUAUCGUCGCCCAGAAGGCCGGCUACACCGACAAGAAGAAGGCCCGUAACAAGUGGUACCCGAUCCGCGACAAGCUCGUCGUGGCUGGUGGGGGAGUGGCGAAACUUGGUUCGAAGAAGCGCGCCAAUGAUGACGUUGGAGCUGGGGAGGUGAGCACUCCGCCACCAUCGUCUGCGAAGAAGGCUAGGAGCACCAAGAAGACGCCGACCAAGGGCAAGGGCUCGGGCGAUGCUGACGCUGACGAUGAUGAGGAGAGCACUCCAGCUCCCAAGUCUGCAAACUCCAAGACCAAUGGCAAGAAGGGCAAGAAGGAGGGCGGUGCCAGUGAAGAUGGAGCAGUCAAGGCUGAGGUUGAGGUUGACGAGGAUGGAUGGGCUUGA